GUCCACUUAAUUUCAUAAAGAAUCAGAAACACAUAAAACAUGUCAGCGUGAAUGUGGAGGUGAACGACUGGACUAACAAACAACACUUUAAGACAUUUGAAGUGUUAGAGUUGUGCACCUCAUACAAGAACUUUGAAUCUCUCCAAUUUGUUGCUUUGCUGCUGGCGAUCUUCAACUGAUAAACUCCAGAGAUUGGGACCCUGAUGUCGCUGAUGGUCAGAUCUCCAGUCUGAUAGUCCAGCUGAAGCUUGGCUCUGAAUCGCUCAACAUCAGGGUACGAGAUUUCACUGCCAUUUUUGUUGAUAUGAGCGAUGACUAUCUUGAGGUCCAAACAUCCGGAGAACUUUGCUAUGUCUUUGGAUUUUGGAUGCACUGGUUUUUAACAUGACAGUAUUUUCUUCUGCCAUCACAUAAAACAUCAAGCAAAUGGAGAAGUCAAAUUUUGGUGAAAACAUGGUUACUUAAAAUUAGUGUCUCUUAUGAACAAAUCUGCUCCUCUAUUUAAUGUAGAUAAGCCCACUUUUCCGUUUUCUAGCAUGUUUUACGUAGCACAUCCCUCUUAGAGCUGCAGCCACUAACAGCAAAACCAAGAGACAAAUCAUAAUAAAAUAACCAAUGAACAGACCUGGAUCUGGAAGAGCUGAAGAGAGAUAGUCAAACAUCAUUGUGAGGAAACAUCUAAAAUGACACUUUUUUUUAAUGUGAUUUGACAUGAAUUAAGUACCAACAAAAACAUUGAAUCUCCUGUAUAAAGUUUCUUUAGUGUUGGAGAUCUGUAGCUGAUAAACUCCUGUGUCUGUGGUUUUGACAUAUCUGAUGCUAAAAUAUCCCGUCUGAUAUUUUAUUAAAGUAUCUGAGCUUCUCACCAUGGACAGUAACACUGAAAGUACUGAAGAAGGUCUUGUCACUGAUGAUCUUUAGAUGAUAAUCUCCAGAGUGUUUGGUUCUGAUGUCACUGAUGGUCAGAGAUCCAGUCUGAUUGUCCAGCUGCAGUCGGUCUUCAAACCUCCCAUCAUCAACAUCGUACAAUGAGACUGUUUGAGUUUUCCCAACGAUUUUAGCAACAACAUUGUUUUGAGAUACAUACAUCCACCACAAAAACAUUGUCUUAUUAUUAUUAUUUUAUUUAUUACUAUUUAAAAAUUUGUACGAACAAAACAUUAACUCUGCAGUUGAUGUAAGCUAUAAAACCAUGAUGAUUAUACACAUUACCUUAAUAGUAUAGCCCAGUAUUAGCCUUAUUAAAAAUUAACCAUGGUCUUAUUAUAGUAAAAGUGUGGAAACCAUUGCAUUUUUGCAUAUUGUUUACUUUUGGUAUAACUAAAAAAAAAAAAAAAAACGUUAAUUUUGCCUAAUUGUUCAUUUGUGGUUACGUUUUUUGUUGAUGUAGGUUUUUCAUUAGCCUAUUUACGAAAAAAAACAUGGUUAAUAUUAAAGGAUGCCGUCAUUUGUAAAUUCUGUCCGCGUUUGUUUAUUCAGUAAUCUCCGUCAUAAUUUUCUACAGGUCUAAAUAUCCUCAUGAAUAACUUGACGUUUUCAAAAUGAAUUUAUCAAAACUGACUCUAAUCACAAACCGAAAAUGACGUCAGCGCCACGUAGCUAACACAUAUAUGAUUAUUAGGAGGCUGUUUGUUGGUUUGAAAUGAAAUGUUUCAUCAUUUGACAUCAAAUGUAGACCAACACAUAAAAAAUAGAUACGCCAACUGAAAAGAGUUAUUCGACUGCAAUGUUUAUCAUGUUCAUUUUUCCAUGUCUGUCUUUGUUAUGUCUAAAUGGCCAAAGGGGGCUUUGGCCGUUCUAAUUCACUUUCCAAUGGAAUAGCUUUGGUAUUGAAUGUCAUUAUAGAUAAAAGUAUACUAAAACUAACUGCUUUCAAAAUAUAGCCAGAAAUGACCCUGUCUGUUACAGAAACUCUACAUAAUGUAGGGGAUUCGGUCAAUCUGCCUCUUCUUUGCCAAAAACAAACACUAGCUGUUCAUCUGCUUUGUUAAAGCAGAUUUUAGUACUAAGUCUUACAAUAAAUGAUUUUCCUCUCAAUCCUUAGACUACAAGCAGCACUGCAGUUCUUUAGAUAAUUAGGUGAUUAGUUGAGUGAUGAUUACCCAUUAUUGAAGACAAAAUCAAAUAAAACACAUAGUACGGAACAAAGUAUUUACGCAAUUUGGAUUUCAUUAUUAUACUGUUACAUGCAAAUGUGUAUUCGGGGACAUUUCACGUGCUUCGUGUGAGAACGGUAAGCAGAAACUGUAUCAGUAUUUGUCCACUAGAGGACAGAAAAGAUCAGACGUUAAGACCAGCUGCAUAUAAAUGUUUAACAUUGUUCAUCAAGCAGGUGCUUUUGUCAAAAAUGCUACAGUUGAGCAAAAGCCAUUUUUAUUUUUUGCCAAGUGCAAUAAUGCUAAUUUAAUAUCAACGCAAAAGCAUCAAAAGCAUCAGACCGGAUCACAAGAAGAUACGUUUAGAGGAUGAAAAACCUUCAUAUCUAAGCAUAUUCAUGUAUGCAAAAUGAUACAUUUUGUUCUGCGGUGAGAGGAGGCAUAUCCACGGAGGGACGCGAAGACCAGGCCAGACAACAGAAAGUCAGAACGAUUCUAAGAGCCCCACGAUGGAGGAGGCCCCUCGAGGGGAACGUGGUUACGAUUUCCUCCACAGAGUAGCGACUGUAGUUUUUCUCGGUUGUUUUAGUGACAUUAAAAGAGUAGGUCACGCAAAAAAAAAAUCUGCCUGUCAAUUCUGUCAUAGUGUUCUAUUUCUAUUAAUUCUCAAGCUGUUUCAAACACGGAUUAGCCUAGUUUAUUUCUUUUGUUGAACAUAGGUUAUUUUGAAAAACCGAGCGGUUGGUGGUUUUAAACUAUUUAUAUUAUAGCAUUUUCCACUCACAGUCAGCGUGUCGAAAUAUGUUUGGCACUAAAUACACACAUUUGACUUGUGGUAACUUACAGCUCUAUAUAUAUAUACUGUAUAUAGACAUACGUAUGUGUCCUUGGUUACGACAAAACACCUUCAGCGUGUUUCCUCACCCAGGUGGCCACAGUGAGCUCUCUUCAUCUUGAACACUCCUUUCGAGCUCAUUCAGCUAGUAGCAUUAGAUACUUGCGUUAGAUCAAACAGAGUAAUAUUCUUUCAUUUUUAGGUACCAGGAUCUGAUGAUGGCCUCCCUGCUCCUGAUGAUCUGUAUAAUGCAUCUGCUCUACGAAAUAGCUCCUCUACCUGUUACUGAAAACAGCAAUUACUGUCUAUCAUCAGAAUCAUCAGUUUCCAAAUGUCUGUUGCUGUGUUGGGUGGUGAACGUGAGUCAUGUGACUCUCUCCUGGUACAAAGGAAACAGUUUAUUGUCCAGCAUCAAUGUGUCUGAUCUCAGCAUCAGUCUCUCUCUACCUCUGGAGGUGGAAUAUCAGGAGAAAAACAUCUACAGCUGUGUGAUCAACAACCCCAUCAGAAACCAGACCACACAUCUGAACAUCAGUGAAGUCUGUCAGACAUGCUCAGACUGGAGUGCAUUGCAGAUCAGUAAAGUGGUGGUUUUUGCUUCCGCCGCUGUAAACUUUCUGAUCGUGGCUGUGACCGUGAUGGUCUGUAUUUACAGGAAACAUAAAAAAAAAGAACAAAAAGUUCAGACCAGUGAAGAAGAGAUAACUUACGCUGAUCCAACAUUCUGCCAACAAAAAAUGCACAAAGCGAGAGUGCAAAAAGAAGAAGAUGUGGUGUACGCAGGGGUCUCUGCAAGUCGCUGAUGAAAAAACAGCAUUACUUUCGAGUCCGUUCUGGGCCCAGUGCUAACGUUUGCUAGUCGAUCGUGUGAUUGUAAAUAGUGUGCUGACAUGGACUUGUGACCUUUUUUUUUUACACACAUGUCUUCCUUACUUUAAACAUCAAUGCAGUUGCUGGAGCUCCACCUUGUGACUGAACAUGAAAUCAUUUUUGCUAGUUUCUCUGUCUGUGGCACUUUGUGCUAAAGCGCUACGCUGAUCAGCUUCUUAGCUUCUUUGAAUAAUCAAAAACCAAUUUUACGAUCUUGAAAUACUUGCUUAAACUUCCACGUCAUCACUUUUUGAGCACGUCUCUAAAAUCAUAUUCAGGUUACCUAUUGCGUUGAUUUUCUCACUGACUUGUUCUUACAUGCAUUUUCUGUCUCUUAAAUGUUGGUAAGUGCAUUUUGUUUGUGUUAGAAUGGUAGUCAUUUAGUUGCGUGAUUCUAAAACAGAUGAUCUUUGGCUAAUGCAUGCAUAAAAAUUAUAGUUUUAAACCUUCAUUAGUCAAAACAAUUGGCGCACUGAAUUGUGGUUUUCAUUUUGAAGUCCCUCCCCCUUCACGAGAGCCAUCUUGACCUGCUUUUGUGUUGUCACCAAAUUAGCAAAUGUUUCUCUUUGGGUGAUGCAUCGUCAUUCUAAACGUACAGGUCCCUUUUACAGGUCAGCACAAUUGAUUUUAUUUUUAUAAUUUUUUUAAUGUGAAAAGGAGGAGCAUAUAUUAACUGUUUUUUGUGACUACGUACAUUUUAAUCUCUUUUUCAAGCCCCGUAAAACGAGGUUUGCCUUUUGUAAACUUGCAUUUAUGAAUGUGAAAUUUACAUAAAAUAAAAAU